AUGCGUGCCGCCGCUGUUAUCGCUAUCUUCGCUGCCUCCGCCAUGGCCCAGACCGGCGGCUCUGCCUCUCCCACCACCGGCACCAACGGCACCCACACCGGUGCUCCCACCACCGCCCCUACCAGCGGUGCCAACUCCCUGAGCCAGAACAUCUUCCUCGGUUCCUAUUUUUCGGCGGAAAAUGAAAACAACAUGAAGGCUACAUUUGAGUGA